GGUCCAAAAAUGAACUGCGUUGUGCUAAAUUGCCAAAAUGCCACACGGGGCUCUGAAAGAAAUCAUGAUAUGUAUUUCUUCAAGUUUCCGAAGAACGCCGAUUUAGCCAAACGUUGGCUAUCAUUUUGCGGCAAUAAACAUGCCCUAGGAAUGAAGAAUGCCUGCAUAUGCAUCAAACAUUUCAAAGACGAGGAUAUCGUGGGGCUUGAAAAGUUCAAAUCAGGAUGGACAAGGCAUGUUUCAUUGGGCCUCAACGCUGUGCCGUGCAUACACGUGAAGAAGAAAAGUAUGUCGGAAACGUCCCAAAAUGUGGAGGAAACGGUCUAUAAUAUAGAGGAAACGGCCCACAAUGUCGAGGAAACGGAAUUUGAGGAAUUUCAGACAAUACCAAAUAAUGAUUGCCCCGAAGCUAACGCAGGUGAAGCUGAUGAAGGAAAUCUGACGCAGUUCAAUAAGUGCCGUACUUGUUAUCGGGAUUAUAAGUUUGAUUUGGAUGAAGAAGAUCCUUUUGCAGAGGCCAACAGCAUGUUGCUGUUUCGCAUCGAAGUCAUUUGCGGAGUCUGGCUUAGCAAGAUCAAAGGUGGACCACGUUACAUGUGCCCGGAUUGUCAGUUGUCCCUAAAGAAUGCGAUCGAGUUUCGUGAGAAGGUCAUAAGCACGGAGGUGAUGCUAACACAGGGGAGGCCCGUGUGUGAUAAACCAGCAGUCGAAGUAGAGUCGGUAGCAACAGAGACAGGUCAAGGGUCAUCAGCACCUGAGUGGACAUCAGAAUUGGUAUCGAUUAAUACAGAAGAAGAUGACGAAGAAUAUACACAGUAUGAACACAUUUAUGAUGUACCAUCUAGCCCUAGCUUUAAUAAGAUUGAUCAUAUAGUAGAAUUAGAGACCAUUGAGGAAAAUAUCGACGUUGCUAAUGCAGAUUCAUUCAGCGUUGCCUGUGGGACGAAAAUCCUCAACGAAAUGAUAAAUGAUAAUGACAAACACGAAAGGACAAAGAAUGAAACAAAAGCAGAGAAACCAACCAAGGAACGCGCCAAGCCAAGGAAAAUGAAAAUUCAAGCAAGACGCCAAGACGAUGACGAGGAUGAUUCUGAAUUUAUAAUCUUCGGCGCGUUUGAUAAGAAAAUGAAGUUGAGUGCAACAAAAUCCCCAAGACGUACCUCAUUUAAAAGGAGAGUUAGGGGUAGACGAGUAGAGAAUAAGUAGAGAAGAUCUAAGUCGCUUUCAAAUCUUCAUAUUAUUAUUUUAUAAUGAUAAAAUAGUUCUCAUAUAGUUUUUUACAAUGUCGAUUUUUUCGUUAAUUAUCUCUUUGUAU